CUUACUCCAGAUGGACUUGCUGACCUUUACCUUGAAAUGAUUGGGGGAUAUCCAAUCGUCUCCAUCGAGGAUGCAUUUGAUCAAGAUGACUGGGCUGCAUGGAGCAAGUUCCAAUCUAAUGUGACAAUCCAGCUUGUUGGUGAUGACUUGACUGUGACUAACCCCAAGCGUAUCCAGACAGCUAUUGAUAAGAAGUCUUGUAAUUGUCUACUUCUGAAGGUCAACCAGAUUGGUACUGUUACUGAAUCUAUCCAAGCCUGUAAGUUGUCCCAAGAAAAUGACUGGGGUGUGAUGGUGAGUCAUCGUAGUGGUGAAACUGAAGAUACUUUCAUUGCUGAUCUGGUGGUUGGUCUGUGUACAGGACAAAUCAAGACUGGAGCACCAUGCCGAUCUGAGCGUCUUGCAAAAUACAGACCAAAUAUUGAGGUAGGUUUUUGA